CAUCGCUAGUACCUCCGUGUUUCCAUAAGCGUAUGAUCCAAUAGUUUACUAUCGUUUCAGCUGACCUUUCUUAUCACUCCGAAAAACAGCAGGCGGUGUGCUGAUGAUUAAAUCGAACAUUGUUUAUGUGUGCUGAGCAAAAGUUAUAAACUUGCUGGGGGAAAGUAACAGAGACAAUAAUAACAGAUCAAGUGAAACGGCAAUCAUCGCCGUUUUCACUAUACACACACUAUCCGUCAUCGUUCAUGGUGAGAAGUUCGUGUGCCGGUGCGGAUUAUUGAUAAGCGAGAUUUUCAACUCCCCGUCGUAGCUGAGUUGUUGAUUGGGACGAGGUCUGUUGGUUCAGUAAAGCGAACAUACUCAUCGAGAUCAGUACACAUCCCUUCCCCGGGUCGAGCAGGAGCCACCGUCUACAUUUCAGUGUCGAAAAUGGUGUUAUGUCAUAUCCGUACCUCUCUUCGGCUCGGCCAGCUGGUAAAUGUUACCCUCAAGUCACACUACGGAUAUCAGUGGCGGUUUCUCAGCACCAGCAGUGCGCUACUGAAAGAGAGGUUAUUUACUGAUAAACACGAGUGGGUCGCCGUCGAGGGUGAAAUUGGCACUGUUGGCAUUUCGAACUUUGCACAGGAAGCUCUCGGUGACGUAGUAUUCGCACAGCUCCCAGAUGUCGGAACCAAGCUAUCGCAGAAGGACGAGUGCGGAGCACUGGAAAGUGUGAAAGCGGCCAGCGAAGUGUACUCCCCCGUGUCCGGAGUGGUUACAGAGAAAAAUAGCGCCGUUGAAGAAACACCCGGAUUGGUAAACUCGUCUUGUUACGAAAAUGGAUGGUUGUUUAAGCUGAAACUGACGAAAACGGAAGAACUGUCGAAACUGAUGAACGAGCAGCAGUAUGCGGAUUUCCUCAAGAAUGACGGACAUUAAGCCCCAGUUUGUUUCUAUCGGAUCGGAGCCACUGCUGACGUUUGCCCCUUAAACCGAGGGCAAAGAUCGUCUGUUGAUACCAAGCAGCUAAUCAAUCGUUGCCAUCAUCUAUGCAUUAGUAACUAGUUGCUACGCCUGAUUAGUCCCUAUGUUGAUCGAAUGUUUGUAAUUUAUAAAUUAAAAAAAAAAUCAAAAUAUUUUAAAUACGGA